UUUGCUUGUGCUAUGAUGAAAUGUAAGAUUUCUGCUUAGAGUCAGGUCUUAUCCAUAUGCUAAGGAUCUUUGCUUUUUCAUUUUAUAUACUAAAUGCGCUAUUGAAAAUUCGGUAAGAUAUAUUUUCGAAAGUCAAAAGGAAUUUAAAGAUAUUACGGUUUACUUUCAAAGAGAAGCUAUGGUUUUAAAGAAGUGCCCUGACUGUGGCCAAAAUCUCGGGAUUGCUUGCAAAACAUGUUCUUGUGGACAUGUAUUUAUUAGUAAGAAGCUACUGCAAUCGACGGAACAAGAGAAAGAAGGAAAUGAUGAAGAGACAACUACAGGAGAAUGCAAAGAUGAUCGAGUGGUUGUCGAACAUGGCAGCCAUGAUGAUGAGAACAACCAAGCGACUGACACCGACUACGAGGAGUUGAUAUCUUUCAGGGAGGCACAAAUCACAAUUAAUGACAGAUUAGAUGUUACUUUAGCUGAUGUUAUUGCAGAUCAAGACGAUCUUAAGAAAGAUUCCCGUUCUUUCUUUGACAAAAUAAUGGGUGAGAUCACAAGCCUGAAAGUUGUGAUGGAUGAUAAACUCGCAGAAGUGACCGAAAGUCUUGAAAGGAAGUUUGAAAAAAUAGUAAAAGAGCAAGGCAAAAGAAUCAACACUCUUGAGACUCAGGUAAAGAUUCUGGAAACAAAAAUAAAGGGGUUAGAAGAGAAUAAAGAAUCAGAUUCAUCGGAGUCUGAAGAUGAUGAAAGYGAGUCGGACUCUCAAGACUCAGUGAUCAAUGUCUCAACAAUAUCCACUCAAAACAGAUUUGAUCCUUUACAAAACCAUCCACCAGAAAAUGACUACAACCAACAAGAGAGAGAGAAUACCUGUACUCCUACAGGAAAUAACAAGCAACAGUCAGAAGCAGAUGAUGAGUCAAAUAUCCUUAUUAUGUCGGAUUCUAUGAUGAAAGGAAUAAUUGAAAAAAAACUUUCAGUAAAAAAUCACAUCAAAAAAGAAUAUGUUCGAGGAGGCACUGCGGAGAUGAUAAAUUUUAUUGCCAAUUUUGAAAGUGAACGACAAUAUAAUCAAAUAGUGGUGCACACCGGCACAAAUGACAUCUUCAAAAAAUCGCUGGACGAAAUAAAUAAAAACAUUGAAGAAAUUGUACAGAAAUGUAAAUCAAGGUGGCCUAACGCUAAGAUAAUCCUCUCGGGGAUCAUCUUCCACAGAUACAACAAUACAAAGAAUGAUAUAAUCGACACAGUGAACAGCGCAACACAAAGGCUUUGCCAAAGCGAAGGAAAUCAUGCUGUACAAUAUAUGAACAAUGACCAUAUUGCUACAUUAAAGGAUGGAUCGAUAGACCAAGAAGUUUACUAUGAUAAUCUACAUCUAAACUCAGAAAAAGGGAUGAGAAAAUUAGCCGCAAAUUUAAAGAAAUAUUUGAACUUAAAUAGAAGAAUAAAAGACGACAGAAAAGUGCCAAGAAGACAAAUAAGAAACGAAAACUACCAGCGCUUCAAAGGACCAUCAUACUACCGCAAUACAAGGAGCCAGUAUGGCCAACAUUGGCCCAAGUCAACUUUCUCUGAAUAUGGUAACAGAUCAACUCAUGAAGGACUCUGGAAGGCAUUGCAGCCCUUAGCAAACUGGAUAA